AUGCGGUUCAGGCGUCAGGUGUCUGAUCAUCCCAUGCUCGUCUCGGACACAUCGGACAACGCAACUCAUCCGCCUUCCUCAGACUCGACCAUAGCAGAGCAUAUUUCAGAGGAUGAGGUUGCAGAUAGCCCGUUGGCCGGUCAAGCAGAAGUAGAACCGAAACGGCAAGACGAUCCGGCGCUCGCACAUGGAGAUGAUAUCGUACCAGAGACGCGAGGAGCUAAUGGACUAUCUCGAGCCGAGACGUCACCGGGCAGACCUCAACGACGGCUCUCGACGAUGAGCACACGGUCGAGGCUUUCUGCGACGAUCGAGAUCAACAAAGUGCUGCUCAAAGAUCGCAUCAUGCGAUUCACAGCCUCGUGGUUUACCGUCAUCAUGGGCACAAGCAUCAUCAACUCGCUUGCCUACCUGCUGCCGUGGACGUCGACCCAUGCAGGAUUGCGCGUCUUUGGGCUUUGCUUUCUUAUCGCCUCCUCGUUUCUGUUCAUCGUCUUCAGCAUAUUGACAAUAGCGCGCUACAUCCUCUUCAAGGGCAUCUUUCUCGUCGCACUACGACACGAAGUACAUGCGCUUUUCUUCGGCGCCAUACCCAUGGCACUCGCAACAAUCGCCGUCGGUAUUGCACUCCAGGGCGACGGUUGUGGCUUGCCCGGCGCAAUCGACGCGGGCGCAGGCCUAUGGUGGUCAAGCUUUCUGCUGGCAGCAGCGACAGCUACCGUCGUGCCUUGGGUCAUGUUCACGGAGCACAACCACUCGGAGGUAGCGCUCACUGCGACUUGGCUGCUUCCCGUCGUGCCCUUGCAAACAGUCGGCUCCGCAGGCGCAGAUAUUGCAGAGCUACUCGCAAGUCGCCGGCCAGGCUACGCAUUCACAAUACUCAUUUCAUCAUACAUUGCCAACGGAGUCGGCCUCUUGCUAUGCCUCUUCAUCCUGACGCUCUAUUUUCAGCGACUUGUAUUGCAUCAUCUGCCAGGUCGAGAAGUCAUCGUUUCGACCUUUCUGCCGCUCAGUCCCUGCGGUCAGGGUGCCGCAGCGCUCAUCAAUCUUGGCCGCAUCUCGACGACCAUCUUCCCAGAGAUGGCCCGCCGGCAUCCGGACAGCCAGUACCUGGCACUGCUUGCCCAAACAGCCUUGCCACUCUAUGGCGCAGGACUUGCAUUCGGCCUGAUGCUCUGGGGCCUAGGCAUCUGGUGGCUUGCACUCGCAGUCGUCUCUGUCUCGCGCUCUUACUGGAAGCGAGACGUCGUCUUCAACAUGGGAUGGUGGGCAUUCACGUUUCCUUGUGGGAGUCUCUGCUUGGCUACGCUUGCUAUUGCAGAAUCGCUCGAUUCAAUCUUCUUCCGCGUGAUUGCAACAAUGCUUGCAUUUCUCGUGCUGUUCACGUGGCUCUUGGUAGCAGUACCCACGAGCUAUGGGUGGGCAACAGGCAGCGUCUUCAUCUCGCCCUCACUAGAUCACUUGCCACCUAUUUUGCCGGUGCGCAUCUCUGCAAACAGCAGGAAGCGCCAUCGUGCUCUCCGCCACGCCCGUCUUAGAGGUCACAAGGGAUAG